UAGUUAAAGUUUCCUUCAUCUCUACGACUCUCUCUACUUUACUGCUUCUCUUGUUCAAAAGAACGUCAACGUUUGUGAGAGUGUGUUUUGCGUCUCUACUUCCUCAAAGAUAAUAAAACCAAUGUCAAGUUUAAGAUAUCUCUUCAGUAAGGGCAUCCUUUCACACACCUCAGAUGUUCCUGCGGCAAAAGUCUUUCUUGAAGCUCAUCCAGGUGCUUACACAACAUCACGUACUCACGAUAGUGGUUCAUGCUUGAUGUUUUGGGAAAGGCACAUGAAAAGACUUUCAGAAUCUAUACGAAUUCUGUCAAAUUUAGCACCUCAACUCAUAUUUAAAUCUGAUAAUGCUGUAAGUUUGCAGCCAUUGUCACCAAAUUUGCCAGCUUGGAAACUUGCAUUGCAGACACUUGUUAAUGAUUCAUUGGAGAAGGUCUUGCCCUUUGCACUGAAAAAGAGGGUUGAUUCUGAGGAACUCAUCAUUACAACUCUUGUAACUGGUAAUUUGGAGAAACUGAAUGCAUGUGAGACUAUAUCUGAGGAAAAGAUGAGUAAAUUUUUUGAUGUACAUGUGCAUAUUGAGACUUAUGUUCCUCCUCAAUUUGGUAUACUGGGAAAUGGUGAACAUCUGGCUGUUGGGGGCUAUGGGAGGAACGUUGCAGCUGCAAAAUAUUCAGAUUGGGUAAGGAUUAGGAAGACUCUGGAAAAGCUCAGACCUCCAUCAGUGACAGAAUUGUUGCUGUCUUAUAAUGGUAAUCAAAUACUCGAAGGUUCUGCAACAAAUUUUUUCGUUGUUUGCCGCAAGGAUUCGGAUUCAGAUGAUGGGAAAUCCCCGUGUGAUUAUGGAAAUAAAAGCUCUUUUGAAGUGCAGACGGCUCCUAUCAGUGAUGGUGUUCUUCCAGGAAUAAUACGCCAACUAGUGCUUGAGGCAUGCAGGAGUGAAGGAAUUUCAUGCCGAGAAGUUGCUCCAUCAUGGUCAAAACAUGAAAUCUGGGAAGAAGCAUUCAUCACAAAUAGCUUGAGGAUUUUGCAACAUGUAGAUAGUAUUCAGGUUCCAAUAGAAUGGCAAUCAGCCCAUUCUAAAACCUGGAAGGAUAUAUCAUGGACCAAAAAGGAAUUUAAGGAUGGACCUGGGAUGAUCACAACUUUAAUCCAGGAAAAGGUUAUGGAGAAAGCAAUUUUGGAAGGUUAUCCAAUAAGUAACAUAUGUACAAGGUGAAGAUCCUACACCUUUGCUGGGAUGAAAUGGACAGCACUUGACCUUCUCUUUCUUCCCCGCUUCAGUUGGCGUAUACAUUGAGAAUGCCAUAGUUUCUCAAUGAGUAGAUAAUGGAAAUGUAAUCACUUGGAAGAUGUCCAGUUUACCGAUAUGAUGUCUGAACAACUUAACAAAUAAGUCAGGAACCAAAACAGAAACAAAAUAAUAUAGAUAAAUCAACUUCUUAGGCCAUCUCCAAAAGGCCAUGUUAGCAACAUGCCUCUAAUUAAGCAAACAUAUGUUAGGCACAAAAAACAUUGAUGCUGGUCCUAUCUCAUUGGUCUGUAACUGCCUAGAUUUAUGACUGUGUGUUUGUAACUGUGUUAUAACUGCUAUCUGUGUCUGAAUAAAUUAGGAUAAAACAAAAUUUGUGGAACAAGUCCUUUGAUGAAUUUUCUCAAAACCGAGGCUAUACAUUUAUUACUGCAA